GAGCGCGGGCGGUGGAAGCGCGGGCCACGGGAGCAGCGCACGGCACACGGGUCCCGACGCGUCUCCACCGCGCAGCCGAGCUUCCCAGGGUCCACGCAGCCACCAGCCAGCCAAGAUGCCCAAGCCGAUCAAUGUCCGGGUGACCACCAUGGAUGCGGAGUUGGAGUUCGCCAUCCAGCCAAAUACCACCGGGAAACAGCUUUUUGAUCAGGUGGUAAAGACAAUUGGCCUCCGGGAAGUGUGGUACUUUGGCCUUCAAUAUGUAGACAAUAAAGGAUUUCCUACCUGGCUGAAACUUGAUAAAAAGGUAUCUGCACAGGAGGUCAGGAAGGAAAAUCCUGUCCAAUUCAAGUUCCGGGCCAAGUUCUACCCCGAGGAUGUAUCUGAGGAGCUCAUCCAGGACAUCACACAGAAGCUGUUCUUCCUCCAAGUCAAGGAGGGGAUUCUCAGUGACGAGAUCUACUGCCCCCCAGAGACAGCUGUGCUCCUGGGGUCCUAUGCAGUGCAGGCCAAGUUUGGAGACUACAGCAAGGAAAUGCACAAGUCUGGAUACCUCAACUCGGAGAGGCUAAUCCCUCAGAGAGUCAUGGACCAGCACAAGCUUUCCAGGGACCAGUGGGAGGACCGGAUCCAGGUGUGGCACGCUGAACACCGAGGGAUGCUCAAAGACAGUGCUAUGCUGGAAUACUUGAAGAUUGCCCAGGACCUGGAAAUGUACGGAAUCAACUAUUUCGAGAUCAAAAAUAAGAAGGGAACAGACCUGUGGCUUGGAGUUGAUGCCCUUGGACUAAAUAUUUAUGAGAAAGAUGACAAGUUGACCCCAAAGAUUGGCUUCCCUUGGAGUGAAAUCAGGAACAUCUCUUUCAAUGACAAAAAGUUUGUCAUUAAGCCCAUCGACAAGAAGGCACCUGACUUUGUGUUCUAUGCUCCCCGCCUGAGAAUUAACAAGCGGAUCCUACAGCUCUGUAUGGGGAACCACGAGCUCUACAUGCGCCGUCGGAAGCCUGACACCAUCGAGGUGCAGCAGAUGAAGGCCCAGGCACGAGAGGAGAAGCACCAGAAGCAGCUGGAGCGACAACAGUUGGAAACAGAAAAGAAGAGAAGAGAGACGGUGGAGAAGGAGAAGGAGCAGAUGUUGCGGGAAAAGGAGGAGCUGAUGCUGCGCCUGCAGGACUAUGAACAGAAGACCAAGAGGGCUGAGAAAGAACUCUCUGAGCAGAUCGAGAAAGCUCUCCAGUUGGAAGAGGAGAGGAAGCGAGCCCAGGAGGAGGCUGAGCGCCUUGAGGCUGAUCGUGUGGCUGCCCUGCGGGCCAAGGAAGAGCUGGAGAGACAGGCACAGGAUCAGAUAAAGAGCCAGGAGCAGCUGGCCACAGAGCUGGCAGAGUACACUGCCAAGAUCGCACUCCUGGAGGAGGCACGGAGGCGCAAGGAGGAUGAGGUUGAAGAGUGGCAGCACCGGGCCAAAGAAGCCCAGGAUGACCUGGUCAAGACCAAGGAGGAGCUGCACCUGGUGAUGACAGCUCCACCACCCCCGCCACCCCCAGUGUAUGAGCCUGUGAAUUACCACGUGCAGGAGGGUCUGCAUGAUGAGGGGGCUGAGCCCAUGGGCUACAGUGCCGAGCUUUCUAGUGAGGGCAUCCUGGAUGACCGCAAUGAGGAGAAACGCAUCACUGAGGCCGAGAAGAACGAGCGUGUGCAACGACAGCUGCUGACUCUGAGCAAUGAGUUGUCCCAGGCCAGAGAUGAGAAUAAGAGGACCCACAAUGACAUCAUCCACAACGAGAACAUGCGGCAAGGCCGGGAUAAGUACAAGACGCUGCGGCAGAUCCGGCAGGGCAACACCAAACAGCGGAUCGACGAGUUCGAGGCCAUGUAAAGACCAGGCUGGGACUGAGGGCAUAGGGCGCCUCACAGCAGCCCAGUCACUUGGCUCUUAGUCUAGCAAUCCCCUUGACAUGUUCCAGUCCCUUAAACAGCAGUUACCCGGCAGAAGUGUUCUGGACCGGGAGCCAGCAGAAGCCUCCCUGGCUAUCUUCCCGCCUGUACAAUAGUGCCAAACAGGCCCGAUUUUUAUGACAGUUACUGAAUCACUUCCUGUUUCCUGCUUGGACCAGGAUUGCUGGGAUUCAGAUGCCUCUAAGGUCUUAAACUUCAUGCUGGCCUGUGUGACACAAGGUUCAGUCAUUAGAGACCACACUGUGGUUUACAUCUGUGCCAUCCCUUUUUUGGUUUUGAAAUGAGCUCACGUUGAUUUGUUCUUGAUUUCUAUGAAGGAUCCAUCUGUGUUUUGAGGGGUGAAAAUUAUUUUGAAAAUUGAGUCUAAAACUCGCUCCCACAUAAUGAUUUCCUUCCUCCAAACACCGGUUCAAACCGCUGACAGACUUGUGGUCUUGAGUGUACGGUACAGGACUCUGAUAAACAAAACUGUUUUCAUGCUUACCUUUAGAAUACAUUGUUGGACUUAUAUAGCUAAUGAUCUGCUAUAGAUAGUAUUUAUAUAUGUGAUAUGGGUUUGUAACAUUAGUUUUAAAAAGGGAAAGUUUUGUUCUGUAUAUUUUGUUACCUUUUACAGAAUAAAAGAAUUAAAUAUUAAAAUACCAUGUAACUCAUGGCACUUGAUCUGACGUGAAGGCAGCUGUGAAAUGAUUACCUGCUGUCAUCACAUCUGUACAAAAUGUUAGCGUUGUUUGUGCAUGUAACUGCACACUCCAAUUUUCUGUUCGUUUGAAAAAAUCCAUGCUAUGAUUUCAUUGAGACUCCAGCCAUGAAGGGACUCUGACCCAUUUAUUUCGAGUGCCUCGUUCCUACCUGAUUCUGCACUUCAUCUCCUUUUUGUGCACUGCAGACGUACACAAUAAAAGCUCUAAGGCAUUGUGCA